UGACCGAAUUAGUGGCUACGGGUGCCGCCCUGGCUCAGAAAGCAAAUUACUCCUGAAAAGUAUCGACGCUAUGCGGCCGUUCACUGGCCUCCACAACAUCUUCCAGGAAAAGUAAACUUCAAGCAGGGAGGAGGAUCUGUGAAGCAGAGGACAAGACUCAGUGGGAAAGGGAGACUGUUGCUUGGAUUCAAACACUUUCUUUCUUCUUUUUUUUUUACCGUACUCUAGGACCACGGUUUCAUGGCUGCAAGAUGAAUCUCCAGCUGUUGGCUGACUGUGUGCGUGAUUCUGCGGCGACUAGAGGACGUUUCCCAGCAGACCCAGUGACUCCCGCCGCUGCCUAUGCCUCCUGCUGAAUGUGGACCACCUAGGAUGGAAGACCCACCAAAUGCUGCUCUGAGGCACCGGAACAACACUCUCGCCCUCCACAACCUCAACCACCUCGCCUCCUCCUUCGCACAGACAACCAGCUGCUUCACCGCCAACCAGACGGGGGCCACCGGGUGACAAGAUUUCCAGGAUGUUUGUGAAUUUCCGCCGGAUACGAAAAUGCCAGUGUGUGCAGCUGAUGACCACCUGCCUGGUGCUGUCGGUGGUGAUGGUUUGCUGGGAGCAGCUGGACAACAGCGUCGUCAGCCACGUCAAGUCCUACUCCUACCGCUACCUGGUCAACCGCUUUACCUACAUCAACAAGAGCCUCACCAUUCCUCGUGAGCAGGCUAGAAGCUUCAGCAACUUCCGCUACCUGCUGGAUCACCCGGACAAGUGCGCCGGCGAGGACGUCCUCCUCCUCCUCUUCGUCAAGACGUCCCCGGAGAACAUUGAGAGGCGAAACGCCAUCAGAUCCACCUGGGGCAAUGAGACCUACAUCCAGAACGCCCUGGGAGUGACAGUCAAGGUGGUGUUCGCCUUAGGGGCGCCUCAGCCCAGAAAGGAGUCCUCACGGAGCAGGAGGGGCGGGGUUCAGGAGAGGCUUAUCAAUGAGGACCGCAUCCACGGCGAUCUGAUCCAACAAGACUUUUUGGACUCCUUCCACAACCUGACCCUGAAGCUGAUCCUGCAGUUCCACUGGAUGCACAGCCGCUGUGCACACGCUCGCUUCCUCAUGACCGCGGACGACGACAUCUUCGUCCACAUGCCCAACCUGGUGAGCUACCUCCAGGACGUGAGCAGCAGGGGCGCCACCGACUUCUGGGUGGGCCGAGUGCACAGGGGGGCGCCGCCGAUCCGAAGCAAAGACAGCAAGUACUACGUGCCCUUCGAGAUGUACCAGUGGUUGUCGUACCCCGACUACACCGCCGGGGCCGGGUACGUCGUCUCCAGGGACGUGGCGGACAAAAUCUACCAAGCCACGAUGACCCUGAACGCCUCUCUUUACAUAGACGACGUGUUCAUGGGCAUCUGCGCCAACGCUGUUGGCGUGUCACCACAGGAGCACGCCUAUUUCUCAGGUGAGGGCAAAGCGCCGUAUCACUUGUGCAUCUACGACCAGAUGAUGACCUCACACGGCCACGUGGAGGACAUUCACGACCUGUGGAAGGCGGCGACACACCCGCAGGUGAAGCAGAAGACCUCUGGACUCACAGGGAGGCUUUACUGCACAGCCGUGAAAAUAGCUCUACUCUGUCAACCAUACUAUUUUAACACCUACCCUUGCAAAGCAGCAUUUUUGUAGUACAUCAGGUUUGUGUGUGUGUGACGAGGGAGUGUGUCAUAGGUUAUAAUGAAAGGAGGAUCAUGUCAAUAUUACCUCAGUCCUUUCAGUCGGACACCCAUGUUAAAACAAAGGAGUGAAUGUUCUGUGUUUCCAGAGUCCAGACAUUUCAUGUUCGUCACUGUUAAUGAUGUUAUAACACUGGCUUUGCAUUGACAGCAGAAUGUGUUCAAAUAGGUCCUGAAAAGAUUCUGUUUACAUGUCGUCCCAACUCGAACCCAUCAUGCUCACAAAUGGAGGUUUUAAUUGAUCAACUAAUUUAUUCUUCAUCUCAGCCAGUUGAUUAAGAAAGUACUUCCACUGCUGUUGCCACAACUUUGUAACCCCAACAUUUUUUUUUCUCCCACUGGCAUUUACCGGUUUCAUUACCUUGACAGUAAAUUGCAGAAGUAACACAUCUUGGUGAUCCUGAUGUGUAAUAAAAAUAUACGCAGGUCAGUGAU